AUGGUGAAUUAUGAUGAUGAGGAUAAAGAUGGUGAAGAUGAAGUUAUUUUAACUGCCACUGGAAUCAACAAAAUAUAUGAGAUGAAGGUGCAGCAUGCAAAAGCACAUGAAAUUCUAAACUUAGUUUGCGAGAAUCUGAGACAUUUGAAUGAAGUAAAGAAGAAAAUGUUUGGAAAAGCACUGAUAUCUGUAUCUGAAGAAGAGGGUGUUGAGUUUUUGUUGCGAGUAACGAAGGCAAACACAGAAUUAAUAAUGCUAGUCAUUUAUGGUGGGUCCCGCUUGCCCAUUUUCUUCCAUGCUGUUAAGUAUCGUAGAGCUGAGAUUUUCAACCUGCUCCGUGGUUUUCGCUUUAAGAAUGUGGUGGCGUCAUUUGCUGAUUCCAAGAGCUCAAAUACCUUGCUGCAUGUGGCAGCCAUGUUGGCUCCUUCUUCCUACCUUGACCACAUCUCUGGUGCUACAUUGCAGAUGCAAAGAGAGAUGCAAUGGUUCAAGGCUGUCGAGAGUGUGGUGGGUCCUGGAUAUAAGCUAGUUAUAAACAACGACAAGUUGACGCCUCUAGAGUAUUUCAAAAGAAACCACAAAGAGCUUAGGGCUGAUGGAGAAAAAUGGAUGAAAGAAACAGCAUCUUCUUGCUCAAUUGUUGGGGCUCUAAUCGUUACCAUCAUGUUUGCGGCAGCUAUAACGGUUCCCGGAGGGAACAAUCAGAAUUCAGGAUACCCAAUGUUUAUGGAGGAGAAGUUAUUUAAAGUCUUUUUAAUUUCAGAUGCACUUUCCCUGUUUUCUUCCACAACUUCCGUGCUCACAUUUUUAGGGAUCCUCACGUCGCGCUAUACAUAUGAAGACUUCCUUUACUCACUACCCACAAAAUUGAUAAUAGGUCUUUCUACACUGUUUCUAUCUAUUGCAACUAUGAUGAUUGCUUUUUCAGCAACCAUAAUGAUCAUGUUGCAAUAUCACUCAUCACGUUUAUGGGUCAUUCUUCCUGUUCCUAUACUUGCUGCUGUUCCAGUAACCCUCUUUGUAGUAUUACAAUUUCCUCUUCUUGUUGAAGUAUUUCGGUCUACUUAUGGUCCAGGCCUUUUCAAGAAGAAGGUGGUGACGUGGCCUUUUCCAAAAGUUGCUGACGGAUCUAGAGCUUAA